CCGGCACUAUCUCUGUCUGUGUCUGCUCUCUCUACUCUUGUCUACCAUGGCUACCAUUAGCAUAGCGAAGGCUGCUUAUUCUUUUUUGAAUCAUGAAAAGCCUCAUUCUUCUGUUACAGAUUGGGUCGAGAUCUUGACUGCAAGCACUGUCGAGGACGAGGCUUACGACGGGAUCCCAGAAUUAGUGGAUGUAAUCAAUCUGCAACCCACAGGCCCUGCGGAGGCAUCCAGAGCUAUCAGGAAGAAAUUGAAGCAUGGAAACUCCCAUCAGCAGUAUCGAGCCCUAGUUAUCUUGAAAGCACUUGUAGAGAAUGGAGGACAUAAGUUCCAAACCACUUUUGCCGAUUCACAACUUACGGAUGCUAUCAAGAAUCUGGCUUCAGACCCUUCCACUGACCCAAAAGUGAAGAAGAAGCUACUGUCGGUCCUUGCAUCUUGGAAGAACCAGUUCCAGGGCGACCCAUCGAUGGCGUUCGUCGCAAACCUCUACAGUCAGUGCCGCCCACGGACGAGUAGGACGGUCGAUCCCAGCAGCCUCUGGGCACAGGACACUGAAAGCCAGAGGGCUUCUUUGGAAUACGAACGCAGGAAGCGGGAGGAGAAGGAAAAGAAGGAGGAGGCGAAGCGAAAGGCGAAGGAGGAGAAGGAAAGGGAGAAGAUGAAGCGAGAGGAGGAAUUGAGGAAGGCGAAGACGCGUGUAAGACGCAAGCCGUUCGACUUCGAGAAGGAAAAACCGGAGAUAUUAACCACGAUUGCCAAUGCGUCUCAAGCCUCGAGCAAUCUAGUGAAUGCUAUAACACUUGUAAACACGGAACAUGACAGUCUGCAAACGAAUGAACAGGUUCAAGAUCGCCUGAUGAAAGCCAAGCAAGUACGGAAACAACUCGUCCGAUAUAUUCAGUUGGUUGAGAACGAGGAACUCAUCGGUACUCUGAUUGAAACGAAUGACCGGCUGGUUCAAGCCCUCGAAAUGUAUAACACCUUAUCACGACCGACCGUCACGGAGGACGAUGUAUCAGCCGUGCAAGCUCGACUGGAAGCAGCCAAGAUCACGGACGGCGACCAGGCACACUUGCAAAGCAGACAGAGAGCUGCCGUUGCCCGUGCUGCGCAGGCCAGCAGCGCUCGGGGAAAAGAAAGAGCACCGCAGCUGGGGUCAGGCACGCAUCCUGAUCUACAGGAUCUCAGCUUUGGGUCGUUAGGGCCAGAGCAGAACAAUCUCCCUCCUCCCUUACGGCCGUCAGCACCGCGAAGUGCGGAUUCUGAUGACGAAGACAUCACGUAUCGCCGGGGCUCGCUCUCUGACUUUAGUGACUACCAGUCAUCUGACGAGGAGACACAUAAGCGGCAAACCUCCGCGCCCGGGCCCUCGACAGUGCGGUCAUAUUCCGUGGAUAACAACACUGCAGGAGAGGCGAAGAGCAGUCUCCUCCACGACGAUGAUGUUGAGGACCCUUUCGCCGAUCCCUUCAAGGAUCCUGAACCGGAGAUGUCAGGCGUCGGUACCCCUGGUAUUGCGGAGAAGAAGGGAAUGCAAUGGUGAAGUCCUAGUAAUGUGGGGAGAGCUGUGGAAGAUUCACAGUCUAUAGUAUACUUGUUGGGGGAGUGUAAGGUAGUUUCUGUACCCAUGGACCGGUCUAGUUGAAUUCUGCUUCAUGUAGCUUCUACGGCGUCUCUCCAUGUAUACAUUAGAGCAUAUUCGCUGUGGUAAUUACCACAGCAUGGGGCCAAUGGGGUCGCUUAAAUCCAUCAAAAUUCCCUUACUUGGGAGCUCCACCCGUAGUAAUUACCACACCGAAUAUGC